AGGAUAGCCCAUAAAAAUAAUAUUUGACCAGUAUAUUUCCCAACUAUAAUCUUCUUGGUAUAAGAAAUAUUGCAUAAAGUAGUGCUUUUGAUAUUUGGCACCUAAUCUUGACUAUGUGCUUGUUGUGGUUCAUAUGUGGUCUACUCUUAUAACAAGUCUCCUUUGUAAGCAAUCUUGAAUAAAUCCUACUGUUUUGGCAAGUCAUAUCUUCACUACAAUCCCAGAACAUAUCAUGAUGAUUUCUAUCUUCUUCAUGUUUUCUCUCAUUCUCUCCUCUUCCUAUGCUGCUGUGCAAGAUUUCUGUGUAGCAGACUACAAAGCUCCUACAAGCCCUGCAGGAUACGCUUGCAAAAACCCCUCAGAUGUUAAAGUAGACGAUUUCGUGUACUCUGGCCUAGGAGUUCCUGGUAACAUCUCAAAUCUGAGCAAAGUGGGAAUCUCAGCUGCACUUGUUGCGCAAGUUCCUGGCCUGAAUGGCCUUGGUCUUUCGAUGGUUCGCGCCGAUUUGGAGGUUGGUGGAGUUGUUCCGCUGCAUACUCACCGAGCUUCAGAGGCCAUAUUUGUUGCGGAAGGCAAAGUUAUAGCGGGGUUCAUCGCCUCGGAUAACAAAGCUUAUGUGAAAAAUCUGAAGAAGGGUGAUUUUAUGGUGUUACCUCGAAGUUUGCUUCACUUCCAAGUAAAUGCAGGUAGUACUCCAGCCCUUGUGUAUGCUCUCUUCAGUAGCGACGACCCAGGUGUGCAGAUUCUGCAGAAUGCGCUGUUUCAAAACGAUUUCCAAACUGAAUUGAUAGCAAAGACUACUCUCCUUGACACUGCUGAGAUCAAGAAACUUAAGGCUCUUCUUGGUGGUACUAAUUGAAGCAUUGUAACAGCAUGAAUAAUAUAUAUUGUAACCAAAUAAUGUUUCAGCUGCUUUUGUUCUGUAAUUUAUUAUGCUCUUACUGCUUCAUCUAGUUGCAUUGUAUGUAUGAAAUAAACUGAUUAAUCAAUCUUGCUAAUA